CAUGACUAAACUGAAUUACUAGUAUCCGGUCAGGAUGCUGAGGGAUGAUAUUUAACAUGAAAUCAGCAUGGAAGCAUAUUUUUCCCUUUAUGGGUUAGAAAGGAUAUCAUAUCGUUUGAUGAGCAAUUCUCGGACGAAGAACAUGUUCGCAGAGAACAUCCAGUGUCAGUAGGCUUAGGACAUGCCUUUAGAUCAAUGAAAACGGAACAAAAGUUCAAUUGAGAGUGAGAACAAUAUAGAAAUGGCGCGUUGAUGAAAGAGUUUGCGAAGAUGAGGCUAUCUAUCAUUCUCGGAGUUUUCUUCGCCAUUAUUUCAAUAGUGGUGAGUCAAGAUGCGGACAAAUACACAUUCGACUGCCAUAGAAUACGCAAUUCCUGCAAAAAUGGUGGUACCUGUGGUGAUUCUAAAACAUGCAAGUGCCCCGUUGGUUUCGAAGGAUACGACUGCAACUUCCUCAAUAGUUCAGAACUAUGUGGAACGGGCCCAAAUAUUACAGAUCCAUGCCUGAAUGGAGGAAUAUGUUACAAGGAUUCCACUAAUAAUUCUGUUGCCCUGUGUUACUGCAAAUAUGGCUACCGUGGCGACACAUGUGAAGAAGAAAUAGUUGAUAUAACUUGCGAGGGAGUCACAGCGGAGUAUAGUCUGUCAUUCCCGAUCGACUUUGUUGGAAAAGUUGUUCUAGUAGAUGAAAAUGGAACUUCGUUAGAAGACGAUUGUCCAAUAAAUGAAACGAAGUCGGAUAGAAAAACGUUUGUGCUGGAGGUUGACCUCACUGACGACGGUAGUCAAAGUUCGGUGAAUUGUAAAGUAGCAAACAUUCAGCAAUUAAAUGAGACAUAUCAGGCGAAUUUGCGUGUGUAUUACGACUCCAUAUUGGUGACAAACAUAGACGAAGUUUAUAGACUAAACUGUACACAUACGACAGCUGGCGAUGAUGUUUCCAUUGACAUUAAAAAUGUGAAAGUGAAUAACGAGGACUUGGAUCAAGUUGAUGGCAGUGAAACGUUCACUCCAUUUGUUCUUGAACCAGUUGAUGAAAAUGACACUGCUGUUGGCCCUGAAUUGGCCUUAGGCGAAGAUAUCAGGUUGCACCUUUAUCCAAGCCUAGAUUCAGGAUAUACCGACGUUCGUUUUGAAACUUGCACCGCGAAUAAUACCUUAACUGGUGAGAACAACGAAACAAUGAUGUCGCUAAAGUUUCUCGACCAAGGUUGCCCGACGCAGGAGGGUAUGAUUAUCUAUACUGCACAGGAGAGAAAGAACAAAACCAUUACUAUAAACAGUGAAGAUACUAUUGUUCAAGGAAAAGCAGUGAAGUUUUCGGCAUUUAAAUUUUCCAACUCAGACAACAUUGGAGUUGUUUGCCGUGUGACAGCUUGCAGACCAGGAUCUUCUAAUUGCGAUUUACCAACAAAUUGUGCAGCGAUAAUGAAUGGAGUAACUGAUACAGAGCAAACGAACGAUGAUAAUAAUGAUAACGGAACAACAACCACUACCGAAGCUGCCACUGUUGCAGGCAGACGAAAGAGGGCAGCCGAAGAUGAUGACGAUGAAGAGACAGUAUCAAAAGUGUUCACUAUCGUAGGGAAAAGAGAAAAAAUAAAUGAAAAAACAUCAGAAGCAGAAUCUGUUGAUCCACUGGAGGAAUGUAUGGCACGUACUGAGAUUACUGCAGUGAUUGCAAUAUUGGGAGCUGUUGUUUGCGUACUUCUGGUUGUUUGCUUUUUCCUGGCUUGUAUUAUUUUAAGACGUAGAGGGAAACGCUCCACGACAUAUGACCCUACACUGUUUCAACCAAAGCCAGACAGGUUCCAAAUUCCACGUGCCCAUGUUAACGAAUCUUAUGAAAUAAUGUAAUGCCGGCAUUAUUUUUGACAUGAAAAGGUUUCUAUAAAUAAUAACUGAAAAUUAUAAACUGUUUGACUAAGUCUGCUGGAAUAUUUAGCAUUGUUCUUGGAUUGAGUUCUUUCCUUUGAUAUAAAACUAAAGGACAGAAACUAGUUUAGAAUGUAUACUUGUUCAGUUUUGAUAGAACAAACCUUAUUCAUGUUGGUUAUCAUUACAUUUGUAAGAUAGGAGGAUAUAAUUUAUGUGUCCAUAAAAUUUGAUCUUUUUUUGGAAAACAUCGCUAUAUUGCUAUUAUGCCUUCUCUGUAUCGUCAAAAUUUAAUGAGUACACAUAAAUUUGAAAUGAUAUAAUAUAUCCAAUAUGCUUAGAAGUACACAUGUAAAUACGAGAUCGGACUGGAUCGGUUUUAGUAUGAAUAUCCACACUAUCAUCCACAGUAUCAUUCCAUUUGUGUACACUGUUUAUUCUUUCCAUUCAUGAGUUCUCAGACAUUGGGGAUUCCAUACAGGUUAUCAUUUCAAUCUGCACUAAAAAUGAUGUAUUAAUGAUUUUUCGAUUGUUUCUCACUAAAAAUUGUACAUAGUGGCAUUGUUACACUACGGAUAGAAAUUAAAAAUCAAUAAGUUGGAGGACUAUAUGUUAGACUGGCUACAGCUCAAUAUGUUAUCCUCAUUGAAUAUAGAAAUUAUCAUUAUUUUUAGGAUUAUUAAUAUCAUUAUUAUGUAAGAUUUACCGCAUGCCAUAUGCUACAUAAUUUUACUUUUAAUUUUGUAUUUUAUAAGUGUUAGAAAAUGCUUGAAUAGAUCAAAAUACCGUGUUUGUUUCGAGAAAAGUCCGAUAUCUCGUAUUGUCAAUUAUAUUCAUUUUAUUAUUACAGACAUAGCGGUGGUGUAGUUAUAUAUUAUAAACAGAAAUACGCAAAUAUGAUUGAACUUGUUAAUCUGGAUUACAGAGGUAUUGUUUGGUUCAAACUGAAAAGGGAUAAUUUCGGUUUUGAAAAUCAUUUUCAAAAUGAUGCCUAUUAUUGUACUUGUUACAUUCCGCCCGAGGACUCGAAAGUUUAUAGAAAUAUCAAUUCAAAUUUAUUUGAGUUUGACUUUUUUGAGCAUUUAAACGAUAACAUCCGAUUUUAUAGUGAUUUAGGGGACGUGUAUUUAACUGGCGAUUUAAAUGCCAGGACGGGUCAAAGACCCGACUUUAUUACUCCGAUAAACCUUGACCGCUAUGUAGAUGUACCGCUAGAGGAACCGUUAGGCGAUAUUCCUCAACGUCUCAACGAUGACAAACAUGUAAACAAUUUUGGUACAAAAUUAUUAUCAUUGUGCAAAGAAAAUAGGAUUAGCAUAGCUAAUGGCCGUCUAGAGGAAGGACGUUGUACUUUUAAUUCUGUGUAUAGAACUAAAUCUAUAGCCAGUACGAUUGAUUACCUGAUUAUAAAAAAAUAAUUUUUCAUCUGUAUGUAACAUGUGUGUACUGGAACCGACGGAAUUUUACGGCCAUUCGCCAGUUAUUUUUUCCAUGUUUCUUAAUGCAAAUAUUUCUAAAGUGGAUUAUCCAAAGGUUGAUAAGAUAACAUGGGAUUCUUCUAAUAUUGUGUUAUUUAACCAAUUGUUAGAAUAAAAAAACAACACAUUUUUUGAUAAUAUUACUGGAUCACUAACUUCCGGGGAAUAUGACAUCAACGAAUGUAUUAAUUCAUUAACCAAUAUAAUACACAAGAUCUCCUUUAAGUCUUUUGGUAAAACUCGCUCGACUAAACCUGAGCGCCGAGUCAAGAAGGCUCCUUGGUUUAACAAUGACUGCAAGGCGCUAAAGAUGAUUUUUUGAAAUCUAAACUUGAUUAUGCCAUGAACAUGACCGAACGUACUAAAGUAAUGUUCUUAAGUAGUCGAAGCAAGUUCUCUAAAAUUCAUGACGCAUUAUGGACAAAAUUUGUAGAAUCUGGCAUUAGUUGUAAAAUGAUUUCCAUGAUUAAAACUAUCUACAGUAAUGUUAAAGCAUGUGUCAGAUUUAGUCCGAAUAUGGCUAUGUCCGAGUUUUUUUAUGUAACCAUCGGUGUUAAACAAGGCGAGCCAUUAUCACCCUUGUUUUUUUCUAUGUUCAUAAAUUAUAUAACAAAAACUGUUGAUUUUAAUAAUAUGACUGAGACUGACUUGAAUAUGUUAUCUAUGUCAUUAAUGUUAUUCGCAGGUGACUGUACUUUUUACUACUGAUCCUGUUAGCUUACAAUCCCAAGUUGACAGUUUAUAUCAUAAUUCUGUAAAAUGGGGUUUGAAGAUAAAAGUUUCUAAAACUAAAUUAUGUGUUUUUGAAAAAAGAAAACAACUUCUUCACAGAGCAAUUUUUAUUAACGGUAGUAAGAUGGAGCAGGUAGACAAUUUUACUUAUCUCGGUAUUAAGUUACUUAUACAGGGAAUAUGAAUGUGGCUGUUAAAGCUCUAUCUGAUCAAGCUUUAAGGGUUGAUCACAAUCUUUUAUCUUUAUUUGAUUGGGUUAAACUUGAUAUUAAAACAAAACUGCAUUUUUUUUAUUCCACUGUAGUUCCAAUUCUAUUAUAUGGAGCAGAAAUAUGGGGUGUAUACAACAUUAAAGAAAUUGAUAAGCUACAUAUGAGAUUUUGUAAAUACAUUUUAGGAGUUAGAAAACAGACACCAAACUAUGCGGUAUAUGGAGAACUUGGUAGGUUUCCUUUGUCAGUUUUAUGUAAAGAAAGAUCACUCAAAUUUUGGUUAAAAAUCCAUAAGAAUACAGGCUCUCCUAUACACUCACUAUAUGUUGACAAUUAUGAUAGCCCCAAUCCCAAGUCUUGGAGUAGAUGUAUAAAAUCAAUUAUUGAUAAUAUAGGAUUUUCUUAUGUCUUAACAGACAUCAACCCCAGGGUAAACUACAUAUCUUUAUUUAAAAGACAAUUAAGGGACCAGUUUAUUCAAAACUGGUAUGCUUCUAUUUCUGAUAUGCCAAAACUUGAAUAUUACAGAAAAUCUAAAUCGAAUUUUGUUAUGAAAAAUACCUAGACCUUAUAGCAAAUGAUAAAUUACGUAAAGAACUUACUUGUUUUAGACUUUGUUCACAUUCUCUUGAAAUUGAAUUUGGUAGAUAUAAUGGUACUCGUAGAGAAAAUCGUUAAUGUAAACUUUGUAAUCAAAGAUCUGUAGAAUCAGAAUAUCAUUUUCUUUUGCGUUUUAAUAGAUACACUGAUAUACGCAAUAGAUAUCUUGGGCCAAUUUCAUGGCCGUCAUUAAACAAAUUUUCAACAAUUAUGUCAACAAAUAAUAAGAAUAUGUUAUUUAGAACUGCAAAAUAUUUGAGAGAUGCAAUGAAGGUCCGUAUCAUACCCUUGUUACUAUAACUGUUUCCUAAUUUUGUUAUUUGUAUAAAUAUUCGGUGUUCACCAUAAUGCCUGUAUAUACAACAUAUACAUGUAUUUGCCAUUUUUCACAUUGUAUUAUAUUGUUAAUGGCCGAAGGCAAGAAUAUUGCCGAUUUGCUGUGAAUAAAACUUAAAACUUGAAACUUGAAUUACAAAAUGGUGUCCUACAAUACAAUACAAUACAAUACAAUCCAAUACAAUACACAAUACACAAUACAAUACAUUGCAUCACAUCACCAUAUAUUUCGAUAUGUAACAAAAAGCCAUUUAUGAAAUAUUUGGUUGGCAAAAGGAAAGAAAAACGAUCAGCCGGUAUCAAUGGCAUGCUAAAAUUAAUCAAGUGAAAAGCUAUGAAAAAGCAAAAGAACAACAACAUUUUAAAUAUCAAGAGACAUAUUCAUUUUAUUUUAUAGAUGUUCAUAAGUCAUUGCAGAUGGAAAUGCGAAUUACACUGAAUUAGCAAUAAUUAUUUCUUCUCACCAAUAAAAUCAUUAUUUUGAUAAUAAUUUGUGAUAGUUUUAUUUUUAAGACAUGAUAUUUACAAGUUUAAGCAAAAGCUUAUAAGAAAGUCCGACGCAUUCACGAAAAUAAGUCAAAUACCUGUAUGAAAAUAUUUAAGCUGAAGAUAGUUUCAAAGGGAAGGCUAGUCUCACAUACCACAACCAAACUCCCAGCAGUGAUUACCUACCUUCCCGAAUUCCACGUGACCAUUAAAAUCACAUGACUGUUGAAAAGAAAUUAAAGUUUCGACCUUAUUUUCUUUUCAUUCUAGCACCAACAUUAUCCUCCAAUCUUUGGAAUAUAUUGAGAAGCAAUUUCAGUAAUUAGUUCAUUGACUAUUCAAUGUUUAGAUGUGUAAAUAAACUUCAAAUUUACCAUGUGGCUGAAAGCUUCUACAUCGAAUCGAGCCCAAUCCAAAACUUAAAUGUGGGCGUUUUGACUUGUUACGCUGUAAACUAGUUAGAAACAGUAUUGUCUGUAAAACUGUAUAUACUGUAUGGGAGUGCAUAUUAGUUAACAUAUAUCUAUUGACAUUUUAUUUCAGUUUUAUUUCCAUGCUUUUUGUUUUUGUCUUACAGGUUUAAAAUCAUUUUGUACAAUGUAUUGUGACUAUAAACGAAGUUGAUAAGGACUUGUAAAUAAAAUGAUUCACUUCGUA